AUGCUGGCCCGUGCGGGCCUUCCUGUUGCGUGUCUCGUCGGCCUCCUGGCAGUUGCCCUCGGGCUCGUGGGCACCCUGAAGCCGGCCCUCUUCCUCAGGCUGCCUGCUCCCGCUGGCUUCCUGCUGUAUGCCUUCGUCGGAGGGAAUGGCGGCCACAUCCCCGGCUACGUCACCAACACCUUGUUCUGGCCCAUCGAGAAUUUUAAGGCCUGGGUGCGACCGAGGGACGUCUUCGUGGCCGUCGGAGCCAAGUCGGGCAGCACCUGGAUGUGCUACUGCGCGGACUCGGUGCGCCGUCGGGGCGGAGUAGCCGGCCCCGAGGGCUUCCUGCCCUGGGUGGAUCCGAUGUUCAAUACUCCGUGGAUGGACAUGAUCCAAUACCCUGGCCAGACAUGGGCAGACGUCGUGGAGGGAUACAAUACGGCCAUCGUUCCCAGCAGCACAGGUUCGGAUGGAAGGACGGUGGACGUGCCGCUGUCUCAUUUUUGGAAUCACCCCAACUUCACUUUCAGGAUCUUCAAGUCUCACCACACUCCUCUUCCUGAAGGAAACGCCACGGGCGUGUAUUCGGACGUGCUCCCUGUCAAACAGCUCCCAGAUGUGAAGUACAUCAGCGUUGUGCGCAACGUUUACGAGGGGUCGGCGGACUUUGUCGCAGUGCACAAGCAAAAGUUCAAGGAUGAUUGGGGUGGCUUUCCGCCAAAUUAUCCGAACCUAGACGCUGCCGCUAAGGACCUCCUCCCUGGAGGCCAUUUGUACAAUUACUACUUUCCCUACGUGCGGGCUUGGUGGCGACUGAGGCAUGAGAGGAACGUGUUACUUAUGCAUUACAGGGAUAUGGUCGAGCCGAAGCAGGGGCUGGACAUGGUUGUCGAGAAGUUGUCCACGUUCAUGCUGGACAAGGAGGCGCCUCUGAACGCGGACGAGAAAGCGGCCGUAAAGGAGCGUUGCUCCGCCGAACACAUGAUGUCUCCCGAGCUUAGUGGGGCGUUCGACUACAGAAUACCUCUUCACCCGGAUCCUAUCUGGAAGACGGUCGGUGCACUUGAACUUGGCGGCGUCCACGCUAAGUUGGCAAGGGACGUCAAGCGCUCUGGGCACAAGGGCCGGAAGCAGGGCAAGGACAGCGCUCGUGCUUCGGGCCUCAGUGAGGAGUUGAUCAACAUGAUCGACAGUGUGCUGGAGACGGAGCUCCCAGACCCAGAGAUGCGCAACUGGGCGCUGUAUGGAUCUAAGAUGGCACCUUGA